CAUUUACGUUGAACUGGUUUACAUGCUGAUAGACUAAUUGAGCCUCGUUUAUUGCGCAGAAACACUGAUGAACGGAUUCCCUGAACCGUUGCUUCGGUGUCCGGGGCUUUCGUUUGCCCCGUCCGCUUCUGUGCUUCGACUGCGUGACAGGUUCCCCUUCGAGCUUUCCCCUUACUUCCCUCUUCUCUCUAAGAGAAAAGCAUCACAAGUCUCGCGCCCUCACCCUUUACCCUUUAUUUAACCGACUCCCUUGACUUUGAGGGCGUUGUAUAGCACACCUUUGUCCUCUUAACCGGAGGGAGAAAUUAGGAGCUAGUAACCUUUAGCUGGAACUUUACAACGAGAUUUGUUGACGUUAUUCCCUCCUCACAUCCCCUUCCCACUUCUACCCCCCCUCCCCCCGACCCGGUGUUUCUGGCAUUCCAUAGGUUGAAAAAAAAUCCAACCGCCGAAUGGUCCAGGGAUAACGACGCGGUGCUGAAUCUAUAUCCAAGUUCUGAGGAUCCAUACGCUUGAAAUAGGAGGAAAAAUAGAGGAAGAGAAGACUAGACGAAGAGCAGCUCAAGCUCUAGACCUGCUCUCCAUGUCUCCUCCAACCCCACUGCGUAUUGUUCCUCCCUCUCCCCUAGCUUCACAAGCCGCAGGUUACGUCCCCAAUACCUCCCACACACCUCUUUCAUCGACGUCGCAAGCUCUGCCCACCACAGCAAUGUCAUAUGCCAUGGUGGCUAAGUGCAACAAUGCACCUACUUUUCCCUCGGGAGUUUUCCAGCCUCCCUUAUCACGGACCCCGCAGCAGGCAUCGCUGCCACACAAUGCUCAACAACACCGCCAACAGCAAGGCAUCGCAAUGCAUCCACCUCAACCUUUUCGUCCGAAUCCCCUCCAGCCCCCCUUCAGCCCUUCGAGUCAACUGACGCCAGGAGCCAGCUCCUCCUCCCCAAAACCCUGGCAGCCGGAUGUUUAUACUCUCCCCUUCAUACCGCAUUAUCUGCAGGCGAUCAAUACACUCCCUGCUGUGCUUGUCGCCUCUCUGCCGGCACCUUCCAUUCCUUACCACUCUUUCAUAUCUUCAUUUUGCGGUUCAACAUUUCUAAGGCCUCUGCCGCCCGCUCCUGCUGUUCCUCCAGUGCCGAGCGCGUCCGUACCGGUACCAUCGUCGGACCUCACGCCAACAAUAUAUUCUAAGUACUUUUUCAAUCUUCUAUCCCACGAGCUUUCAGCGCAACACACGGAAUUUCGGAAAUACGACCUUUUUAAUGUCCCGAUUUAUGUCCAGGAACCAUCUCAGAGCCUUUAUAGGCUUGACGUCCCAGGCAUCCGAGAAGAUAAUCCUCCAGUACUGCUAGGGGAUGUAGUAAAGCUUAGACAAGUCAGACAACCAGGCUACAUGGGGAUGGGAGGUACCUUCACUGGAUAUCAAUACGAUGCCUGCGUUUAUGGUAUGGAUAAAACUGUCGGGUACAUUGUUCUUAGGGUGGAUCAUUUGGUGCUUGAAUCAGGACGCUUUAAUGUUUGUUUCGUUGUCCAGGAAAAGCAAUGGACUGGGGCUACCAGAGCUAUUGAGGACCUGGGAGCAGAGCUCAGGGGAACUGGCUCCAGAGAGGUGGCCGAGGGCGCUAAGGGUAACGGAGUCGAGGCAAAUAACAGACCCGGGGUAUUUGUAAGACGAAUGUUAUUCCCCGGGAAGGAAGACGGGAUCUGGCAGACGACGCUUAGUAGGGGAGUAUUUAAACGGCGGUGGUUCGAUAGGGAAUUGAAUUAUGAGCAACAGAAAGCAGUCGAUACCAUUCUUCAGCAAAACUACGGAAACGUUCCAUACCUGAUCUCAGGGCCUCCAGGAACAGGGAAAACGAAGACUAUUGUGGAAGUGGCAUUGCAACUCAUCUUCACACCCUCCAAUCCAAAGCAUCACAUUCUCCUCUGUGCGCCAUCACAGGAGGCUGCAGAUACUCUUGCCUUGCGUUUGGUUCCGUAUCUGAACCCUAGGGUUUUGUUUCGUCUUCAGUCGAGUACCAGAACCUUUCCCGAGGUGCCUUCUGAAUUGUUGCCUUAUUCUCACAUAGCGAAUGAUAUGUUCUCACUGCCGGAAUGGAAAAAGCUGAUGGGGUUUAGAGUGGUUGUCUGUUCCACAAGAGAUGCAGAGAUAUUAGUAGAGGCUAGGUGUACUAACAAGGAUUUAGCAAGGUGGGAGAAGAGUGUUUUUGAUUCGUUGAGGGGAAUUGGAGAUGAGAGCGAUGGCAAUGACCCAACGGCCAGUGGAGUGGUGGAGAAAGGGCAGAUCGUAAAUGUUCACUGGACAGCCCUGCUACUGGAUGAAGCGGCGCAAGGUAUCGAACCGGAAGUCGCAGUUGCAGUUUCUGUUGUAGUACCCCCGGAGGAAGCUAGCGUUGAUAGGCCAAUUUUUGUCAUGGCGGGUGAUCAGAGGCAGUUGGGACCAAGAACUGUCAGCAGGGUACCACAGCUUGAUAUGAGUCUGUUUGAGAGGCUUUUUUUACGAGAGCUUUACAGCCAGCAUCCGUUGGCUAGGCAAAGCUUUACGCAUGCUUACAAGCAGAGCCCUCGGGUAUGGAGUGCGGAGAGAAUUCUAGAGAGGAAGAAGGCAUUACUGCCGUAUCUCCGCCCGCCGUUUACGAAUUUAAUUCGGAAUUACCGCUCUCAUCCAGCAAUUCUGGCUGUACCAAGCGCUCUCUUCUACAAUGACACUCUGGUCCCUGAGGCGUCAAAUACGAAUUAUCUAGAGGGGUGGUCUGGAUGGAAGGGUAGGAGAGGGAUCCCCGUGAAAUUCUGUCUUAAUGGAGGGAUGGAUGAAUGGCAUGAAGAGGGGGUCUCGUUUUACAACCUCCGCGAGAUAAAAAUUGCCUGCAAUAUCGCGAAAAAUCUUGUUUCGUCUGGACUCAUUGCACCCCAUGAAAUUUCUAUCAUGGCACAAUUCAGAGAGCAAAUUCGGCGUCUAAGAAGAGCGCUUCGGUCGCCAGAUUACAAUCUUCGGGACGUGAAUGUCGGCCCUAUUGAGAGCUAUCAAGGUAGCGAACAUAGGUUUGUUAUAGUUUGCACUACUAGGUCUCGUGAACGAUUUCUAGAGGGAGACCUUGAAAGGGGUCUAGGCGUAAUAUUUGAAAACAGAAGAGUCUGUGUAGCUAUGACGCGGGCGAAACAAGGAUUGAUCGUCAUUGGGAAUCCCUGGAUCUUGGGAAGAGAUCCUAUCUGGAGAGCCUGGAUGGGGUUCUGCUGGCGUCACAAUUCUGUGGAGAAGGACUUUUUCGAAGAGGAAGAGGAAGAUAAGGCUUUCGAUCCCCAAGCGAACGAGAAGGACGUGAUGCUUGGGGACGAGGACUCUCAACCCAACAGGGAAAAUCCACCACUCCCUAAUGGCCACUCAAAUCACACCAGUGGAAAGUUGCCAGCGAUAACGGAGCUGAAAGUCAACAAUUGGCAGCCGCCUGAGGAUGAAAGAGAGACGCCGCAGUAUAUCAGUCGUUUGGAGACCGCUUUGGUGUAUAGAUCCAGAGUAAAUAAUGGCUAUACUGGCGCGCUUGGGGCUGUUCAUGGUGGUUUUGAUGAGGAUGAUCCAAUGUGGACCGCAGGAAUUGUGGCAGAGGAAGCCGUUAGAGGGGGUAUCGGAAAUAGGGAUCUCCUGGAACCAACAGCAGGAACCGGUAUGCCAUGGCCGCACCUCCUAGACAACACCCACUCUGUAGACGGGAGCUUGCAGGGCUUGACUAGGAGGGAUUCUAGCGAAGAAGAGGGAGUGGAUGGUGAGGGGGCCGGGGCGGAUGCGGAUAAGCAGGCGGAGCCUGCGGCAAGGAUAGGGAAGAAUAAAAAGGGCUUCAGUGAAGUCAAGGCCACGGAAACGACGCAGACGUCGCUGUUUUUGGCGGGGCCGGGGAAACUGUGGGGGUGAGUGAGGUGGUGACUAGACAUCCCCGAUGCCGGGCCUCUUGCUUUUUGGGGGGCUGUCCGUCCCGGGUGGUUUCGUUUCGUUUCGUCUUGUUUCUUCCCUCCAGCUCCGGAUAGCUUUCAGCACCUUAUCCUUUUUCCCCUUUCCUUUUUCUUUCUUUUCUUUCCCGCUCUUUCGCCUUUUGUUUCCUUUUUUUUUUUUUUUCAUUUAUUCCUCUUGGCUAACUUUUGUAUCACGGUUACGUUAUGUCUAGACGUUGCAUGGGUUCUCACUCGUGAAUUUUUAUUGUUAUACUGUUGAGCUAUGUCUUGCUUAAGGUUACCUACCUUUAAUGUAUUUCUUUCCCCA